GAGUGUUCGCUACUAUUUCCUGAAAAACUUCUUCAAUGUGGAAGCAUAUAUGGCGUGGUUUUCUAGUAUGUCAGGCGUACUGCCAGCAGUAGUCCUGGUUCUUGUUGUGCUCACAGGCACAGAGGCCAGUGUGAGCCCGGCUACGGCAGAGUCUGAGCUUACUUCAGGUGAAUCGGGAUCAUGGUCGGCGAGCUGGGACGAGACGAGGCGCGUGUGGGCGGCCCGAGGGUCCACAGUGGUGCUGCAGUGUCGGAUGGGCGGGGGCAGGGCCAGGAGCCAGGGCAGCGGGCAGGGCAGCGGAGUGCCCCGCGAAGACUGGAUUAACGUCACUUGGCGUCGAAACAACGUCUCCGUCGAUGACCGGCGCCAUAUUGUAACGGAGGCAGGACACCUCAACAUUACCAAGGUGGUCAAGCGACGGGGCGGCGUGACGGACGAGGGGGAGUACCGUUGCUUGGUGUCCACCCCGAUGGGCGUGAUCACAGGCCCGCCCAUCACCCUCCGUAUAGCCACAAUGACCAAAAGCUUCGUGUUGAAGCCUUCCAAUGUGAGUGUGGUGGAAGGAGAGUCUGUGAGGCUCACGUGCCAAAUUGACUCUGAGCCUCCGGCAACAUUUACGUGGACCCUCGACCAACAACCUCUACCUCAAGAUGACAGGUACGCAACCUUCAACUCAGGUGUGCUUCAUAUAAAUGGAGUACAGAGGACUAAUGCUGGCAUUUAUCGGUGCCUAGCAACAAACUCAGUUGCAGGAAAAGAACGCCACAGCAACGGCAUUUCUGUAACAGUACUGGAAAGGGGUGAGGGGGACAACUACAAACUCCCCUCCUUCCUCUCCCCUAAAGACCCUGUUCGAGUUGUGCAGGGGGAAAAUGCAAUCAUCGAGUGUCUUGCAACAGGUGUGCCACUCCCAACAAUCUCAUGGCAACGAAAAUUGAAUGAAAGUGCGGGCUGGGAGGACUUGAAGAUGGGAGUCAAUGGUGUAUCCAUGAUUGGCCAGGGAACACUUGUUCUCUCUAAUGUUCAGAACACAAGCUCUGGACGUUAUGCUUGUACUGCAAAGUCGUAUAACCCCAGCACCAAGAGAGAAGCCAGUGUUUCAAGGGAAAGAGAGCUAGAUGUGUUGACCCCACCUGAAGUCACUGAUUCUCCAAAACCCGUAAAUACCUUGUCAGCCAAGACAGCCCGUCUAAACUGCUCAGUAACGGGUCAUCCAACUCCCCGCGUCAUAUGGUACAAAAAUGGGCGGCCUGUUGUCAUUAAAGGACGCAUUGUUCAAUCAGACACCAACCAGCUCCUCUUCUAUAAUUCAAUAACUGCUGACAAAGGAAUGUAUCAGUGCCUCGCUAUCAACGAUGCGGGAUAUGCCUCAAGUUGGGCCCUCGUGGUAAUCAACUCGUCCAAGAAUCAACCAGAACCACCCCAGAAUUUAAAUUAUGUAGUUCUUUCGUCUACCUCGGUUCUCCUGACAUGGGAUGCAGUCCACCCACUCAACGGCGAGCUCAAAGCUUACUCAGUACAUUAUGUUGAAUCUGAGGGGAGUGCGAUGGAGAGGCAGGAAGUUUCAUUAAAUACAUCACUUCUUCUAGAAGGUCUCAAGCCCAACACAAAUUAUACAGCUUUUGUUAGAGCCUACAGCAACUUUCCUUCAGAAAUCUCAGAGAGCUUGGUGUUCCGCACGGCGGAGGAUGUCCCUACUGAUGUCCCAGCUGUGCAGCUGGUUCCUCUGUCGCCCACAGCUCUCUUGGUCAAGUGGAGCCCAUUGGCACCAGAGCAAGCUCGAGGCACUAUCCAUGGAUACAAAAUUCUGUGGAGAAAACGAAACCAUCACUACUACCAUGUCCAAGAGGUUUUGGCAGAUGUGCACGAGUUUCAGAUCACCGACUUGCAUCCAGGAAAGAAAUAUGAAGUGCAAGUGCUGGCAGCAACAAAGGCUGGAUAUCCAACCAAGAGUGGUUGGCCCUGGAUACAACAGAAGAUGGGUGAACCAACCCAAGAUGUACCAUUUCCCCCUGAGGUCACACUGAAGGUGCUCAAUGAUACUAGCAGUGAUUCAGCAGGAAGGCUGGCAAUUAAGGUGGACUGGGAAGUUUCAUCAGAAAACAAAGUAGAAAUUGAAGGUUUCUGGUUGAAAUACAAACGGCAGGAUCAGACAUGGAAUGAACCCAUCAGUUUCCCACCAACACAGAAAUCAUAUACCAUAACUGGCUUAGAAGCUGAUUGGUAUGAAGUCCAGGUGAAGGCUGUUAGUGCCAAUGGUGAUGGCGAGCCGACUGUGAAUGUGAUUCACACUCGCCUCCCAAACCAAAGCACACAGUUUGCAAACACUACUUCCAGUAUUGAUAGGCUGGAGGCAGAUUCUCGGUCUCAGACAAGCGUUCACUUGUCCUGGCGGGUAACAGAAGGUCAGGAUGGAGCAGCUUAUUACACUGUCAAGUACCAGCAGAUCACGCAUUCACCAAAUCCAGCAGAUGCAACGUUUGUCCGCAGUGAUACUGCAGAGAUCAUAAUCACAGGCUUGAAACCAUUCAGCACAUAUGAAUUCAGUGUUCGUGCUCAUGAAUCGGAGAAGACGUAUGGCCCUUUUAGUCAUCCUGUUCAAGCUAUGACUAUGGGUAACCUCCCAUCGUCACCAGAGGAUUUCAUGUAUGAACCUACAGAUGCUUCUACUAUCCGUCUGAAAUGGAAUCCACCAGAACAAUUGACUGGGACUCUGAAGAAGUAUGAAAUUCUCUACAGUCUGGAUAAGCAGAAGCCUUUAUCUGAGUGGGAUGUGCAUGAGGUAGAGGGUGAUGCCACGGCAGAUACGGUGGGGGGACUUGUGUCAAACACUGAAUAUUGGUUUCGCAUUCGUGGCUGCUCAGCCGUUGGAUGUGGAGAAAGUACUGAACCUUUGGCUGCUACAAUACCUGCCAUUCUUCCACCUGAUCAAAAAGCACCUUCCAGUGAAUUUUAUCUCAUCCUAUGCUUGGUUACGGCAUUUUUUCUACUCACAAUCAUUGGAGUUGCAUCUAUGUAUGCAGUCAAAGUCCGCAACAUCUCAUCAUCUCCGCGGGUUUUGGCUUGCAAUGGAAACGGCCACAUCAAUGGCAAACGCAAUACACAGGUUGUCAAAAUAGGGCAGGCAGAUGGACAGGCUGAUGGAGAUUGCCAAGAGAUGGAAGUUUACAUCCCAAUGCUAACACAGAUACCCCCAGAUUUCAAGUGCCCUCCACUGGAUACAAAGGGAGGAUAUCCAGAGACUCGUAUGAAUGGAAUGAAUAACCCAAGGUGCAAUGGUUUCGUUGUCAGAAACCGAGAUCACCUGCAAGCAGUUCCUCAUGCAGAGACGAAGGGUUUGUCGUCAGAGGAGAGCGAACGGCUGGUGAUAGGUGCCAGUAGCAGCAAUGGUGCCAUGAGCAUGAGUGUCCUCCCCCAAGUUUAUCAAAAUCAUAGCCAAGAGCAGAGGGAAGCUGAACAAGGUGGCAGUGAGCCAAAUCAUUCUCAAAGUGGUACAUUACCUCCAUCUCCACGACACGAACACAACCAUAGUGGAGCCUCACAAACUGGGCUUGCCAAUCUCACUAACCUCACUACUCUAAGUACCAUGGAAAGUGAUGUGGAGAUGGAACCGGAGAAAAUGAUGGCUGAUAGUGUUGGCUCCCAGGAUGGCAGCACUCCAUACCAACACAAUUCCCAUCAUAAUACAAGUGCAACAAAAACAUCAUCCCCGCAACCCCCACUCACAACAGUGCAGUAGCUACGUAGGUGCCUGGGUAUAGUGCCCAGCUACCCACCCUCGCAGGCCCCUAUCACGGAGAGUCUCCUCUGGUCUGAUGCGGGUAUUGAUACGUAUACAAGGCCUGGCCCAGCUGCUGCGAUGGUAUGUGGCAAAUUUGCCCAUCCAGCCCACAGUGGAAUUGAUGCGUGUGCCUUGCUCCAAGUGUACAAAUGUCAGUGUGGGUACUUGAGACCAUCAUAUGAGCGGGGCUGGGUCUGGCACCACACUGUAGCCACUAACAGCUAGUUGUUAGUUGGUGUGUACAUUGUUGCGAUCAUGGAUAUGGCUCUCAGUCACACAGUAUGGGCUCAGUGUUCCCUGACAAACAAGUCGCGGUACAAUUAUUUAACCGAGGCUGAGUGAAAGGAGUACAAAUUAUCAUUUUUCCUGUCAUUUUUUAUCUGUAAAUUGUGACUUGAGAGCUGUGUCCAGGGUGCUCCCUCAUUUCUCUGAUGACAAGGUAUCAGGGAUUAUCCUGGCAAAUAACGGCAUACCUGCCCCUCCCCCCCGCAACCAUACAGCCCCAAAGAUCCCUCUCACAUCUUCACCACCUCAGCGUCUCGCCAUAUUUGUAUCAGGGAUGGUAAUCUCUUCUCACCUCUUUUGAUAGGACUGUAAUACACCUUUGAUUCUGACAUGUUUGAUUGGUCUGCUGUUUUAUAUAACAUACAGUAGUACAAGAGUAAUGGGUUAAUACUCCUUUACAUGUAAAUCAAUUUUAGGCAGCAGUCACAUUAUAACAUUUAUGUGUUUUUUGUUAGUUUUUUGUUUCUUGUUUCUUACUGUUAAUCAUUGCAGUCUGAAAUCAGGGAGAUUCAUACCAAGAGCAUCUACUAAGUGCAGAAAAUGGGAAGAUGAUUACUUGGUGACACCAAGUCUAAAAACAAAAAUUAAGAAAAAAACAAGAAGAGAAUAGGGAUUUAUUAGACUCAGAUACAGAUAUUUAAAAAUCAUAAUAUUUUAGAUAUUGUAUCUCUUGUGUCUGUUUCCUCCUAACAAGCAACAGGUGUCAGGUCAUUAAGUGGUGAACAUCAUGUAAUCAUCCUCUCUCUCUUAUGUACCACAAGAUCACAUGCAGUGCUUAUAACAUAGCAAAGCUAGCUGAACAACAAUUUACCAUGUUAUCAGCCCUUUCAAUGUGGGUGAAGGAUUAAUUACAUACCUAACUUCAAUUGAUGAUUUACUUGUUUAAGAUUUAUGUAGCAGAAAUAGUUUCUCAUAGACACUAUAAUUCUCAAAAGAGUGCUAUGCUCAUUUAAUAAAUUACUGUGAUAUAAAAUGUAGUGAAUAACAUGUAGUUGCUAACUGAAAUUGAUAGCAUAACAUUAUGUUUAUAAUUUGCAUGACACAAAUUUGAAACAGUUUGCAUCAAAACUUUGGCAACGAGUCCUGAGGAAGUUUUCAUGGUCCUUCACCCACAUAUCCAUAUUGCAUUCCAUACAGACUUCUGGUAAGUGGUGCUGUACUACUUCUCUAAAUUGCUACCGUUUAGUCACCUUGUGCCACUCGAAUUCAUUCACAGACAUCAUCUCACUCCAUCUGCACAUCAUGUUUUCCAGCUGCAUUGGUAAGUUCAUGCAGUAUUCAAGGCAUAGAUUGCGAAAACAGGUACAUACUGACUGAUUAGCGGCAAUUUUAAGUAGUACUUGUAUCAUCCGCCUCUCAGUGCAGAGCCCGGGCUAACCUCUUAUCCAAAUACAUCACCACAGCAUCUUCACAGCCCUGCUUAUAUAAUGUAAUGUUGCUCCUAGAAAUCUAUGGUUUGUACAGCAAAUUUAAUAUAAAUGAUUUUUAGAAUUAUAUAUAUAUAUGUGUGUGUGUAUGUAUA